CGAACAUGUCACACUGUUAACAGGGCACAUUCAUUACAUAGGAAACCGAAAGUGUUUCACUUCAUACUUUUACUUUCACUUUUAAAGCUCGAUCACUCACAUGUCUGAAUGUAUGCAAUUGUUUAACUAUUGAUGGAAGACAGGUCGAGGCACAUGCGACUGAGAGAAUGGCUCAUAGCUCAGAUAGACAGCGCUAAAUACGCUGGACUGAGCUGGGAAAAUGAGGAGAAAACCAUGUUCAGGAUCCCCUGGAAACACGCGGCCAAACAGGACUACAGACAGAACCAGGACGCCGCGCUGUUUAAGGCAUGGGCAAUGUACAAGGGUAAGUUUCAAGAGGGCAGGGACAAAGCAGACCCCUCUACAUGGAAAACGCGUCUGCGCUGUGCCCUCAACAAGAGCACAGACUUCCAGGAGGUUCCUGAGCGCAGUCAGCUCGAUAUCUCUGAGCCGUACAAGGUCUACCGUGUCCUGGACGACACGGGGAGAGCUGCAGAACCUGCUGGAAAUCCAGUCAUAUCACUGGACAGUGACUGCAGCCAAGCCUUGAGAGAGACACCUCUGCCCAUGCAGCAGGACAGUUUGCUUGGUGACUCAAACAGAGCUGCUGGAUGGAGUGUGAAUGGCAGGGCGUAUGCUUGUCCCAGUACAGGCACUGACUCCAUUCCUCUAUACCCGUCUCAGGUCUCCAUAACUGACUUUCGCCUGGAGGUGACUUUGUUCUAUCACGGGAUCUUGGUGCAGAAGCUCGUCACUACGUCUCCAGAUGGCUGCUUCAUUCUGCAGGGCUGCGCUCCAGUUGGGAAUGAGCGCAUUUAUGGGCCCUGUGAAGCCAAGAAGGUCUUCUUCCCCCGUCCAGACAUCAUACCCCUGCCCCCGGGCAUCGCCGAAGCCAUGACCCGUCUUCUGCCGCACCUGGAGAAAGGUGUGCUGGUGUGGGUGGCCCCAGACGGUGUGUUCAUCAAGCGCUUCUGCCAGGGCCGCGUGUACUGGGACGGCCCUCUGGCAGAGCACAGACAGAAAGCAAACAAACUGGAGAGAGAGAGGACCUGCAAACUCCUGGACAUGACCAUCUUUUUGCAAGAGUUACAAAACCAUCGGCAGGGCACUGGUCCUGAGCCACAGUACACAGUGGACCUGUGCUUCGGAGAGGAGUUCCCUGACCCCAGCCAGCCAAAGACCAAGAAGCUCAUCACUGCACAAGUGAUUCCUCUGUUUGCUGUAGAGUGUCUCCGCAGGCAUAAUGCACCUAAUAAUGUGGAGAUGAAGCAAUCACCGCCACACAGGAAAACCAAUGAAUAAACAUACCUUAAUCAGAACAGCACAUGUUUCACCAUCCCUGUGUAGGAAUUCACCAACAAUGAUAUUAAUAAAUGACAAUUAUAAUAAUAAAAAUAAUUAUAAUUAUAAUACAAAUGGAAAUGUAUGUAUCUAACAUCAAUAGAAAGAAGAAAUCUACAAUGUUAACUUGUUCAUUGACUGUAUUAAGCUUUAUGUCCUUUAUAGUUCUACUAAUAUUACUAACCAUGAUACUGAUUCAAUUAGAUAAUGAUCUUUUUGUAAAAUUCUGCUUCAAAAAUUACAUUAAAAUAAAGAGUUUGGUUAGUCUUCUGUA